AAAUGGCUACCACACGGAUCAUACGUCGACAGUCGGGAUCCCCAAGCAGGGACCAGGUGGUCUAAGGACAAGGCCGUAAAAGCUCCCGUCACUCAUUCAUCCGUCUUGAAUGCACAGACGAAGCCCGGUGGUGACGAAACUAGAGGGAAGUCAGCGGCAAACGAAGCGUCUCCCAGAGGUAGCUUUUGUUUUAACACCGUCACGUAUGCUUUACCUUUUUCAUUUUUUUUGGCAGAGGCAGAAGAAGAUACAGAGCGCAAGGCAGCCGAAGCGUUGCGCAGGAAACAAGAGGAAGAGAUGCAGAGGAAGCAAGAGGAAGAGCAACGGAGGAAAGAGGAGGCAAGAAAGAAAGCGGCAGCUGAAGCACAGGCAAAGAGCAGAGCUGCAGCUGGAAACGACGCAAAGAAGAAAGGUGGCGAAACUCAGAAAAAUUAUGAAGACAGAAAGAAGAAAAGUGAUUUGGCUGGAGAAGGAGGUGGUGUUAGAGAAGAUAAAGACGCAGGUGGAGAGACUGAAGAAGAGGCAAAGAGAAAAGCAUUAGCAGCUGCUGAGAAAGAAGCAAGGAGGAAAAGAUUUUUGGCUGACGAAGACGAAGAAGCAAGGAGGAAAAGAUUGUUAGCUGAAGAAGAAGCAAGGAGGAAGAGACUGUUAGCCGAAGAAGAAGAAGCAAAGAGGAAGAAACUGUUGACGGAAGAAGAAGAAGCGAGGAAGAGACUGUUAGCCGAAGAAGAAGCAAAGAGGAAGAGACUGUUAACGGAAGAGGAAGAAGCAAGAAGGAAGAGACUGUUAGCCGAAGAAGAAGAAGAAGCAAGGAGGAAGAGACUGUUAGCUGAAGAAGGAGAAGCCAGGAAGAAAGGUGGAAUAACUGGAGCCGGGGACGAUGAAGAAGCAAGGAGAAGGAAGGCCGCGGCCGAAGCAGAAGCAAAACGACUCGAAGAGGCACUGGCCGAACAGAAAAGACGGCUAAAACAGCGUGAGCAAGAACUGGCCGAGCAAAAACAAAGUGUGGCAAGCAAUGACGAGGGAAAGAAGCUUAACGAAGACGAGGCGCGAAGGAAAGCGGCCGAGGGUCUACGUAUCAAGGAAGAGGAAGAGAGAAGGCUGAGGGAGGAAGAGGAAGUGAAGAAGAAGCGAGCUCAAGAGGAGGAGAUGAAGAGAAGAAUGGAAGAGGAAGAGGAGGAGAUAAAGAGAAGAAUGGAAGAGGAAGAGGGCAAGAGGAAGGAGGCCGAGGAAGAGCUCAGGAGGAAGCAGGAGGAGGAGGAACGAAAGCACAGGGAGGAGGAAGCGCGCAGAAGGAAACUCCAGGAGGAAGAACGGGAGAGAAAACGCAGAGAGGCCGAGGAAGAAGAAGCUCGCAAGAGGAGAAUCCAGGAAGAAGAGGAGAUGAAACGCAGGGAAGGCGAGAAGAAGAGGCUGGACGAUGAGGAAAGAGCGAGAAAGGAGAAGGAGGACGCAGUGGCUAGAAAGGCCGAGGAGGAUCGCAAGAACGCGGCUGGAGGAGGAAGGCCGAGGAUCAGAGUUUUCAAGGCGAGAGGGACGACCUUUGCCGAGGACACCAAGCAGGUGGUGGACAGAGGAGCUCCAACGUUUGAAGGGAGGUCGCGGAAGAACUUUAGUACGGCUUACAUGGCUCCAGCGCCAGCGUCUCCAGCGUCGUCGUCCACGACCGAGAGUAGCAGCAGCGCAAGGAGGACUACCUUGCGUGUGGAUCCAAAGUCCGGAGGCGACCCCUUGGAGUAG